AUGAAGAUCCCACUCGCAGAAGCACAGCAGUUGUCCGUUGACGCCCUACAGCACAUCGGGUAUAACGCGGAAGACACGGAGAUCAUAUCCGAGCACCUCAUCGACAGCGAGCUGCGCGGCUAUGGAAUUGCGGGGCUCGCAAGAAUCCUCAGUAUCGCAGAGCGCCUUGCGGACAAGCCACCAGCACACACCUGCAUAGUCACGAAAGAUGAAACCACGACCGCGCAGAUCGACGGUAACGACACCCUCGGCUACCUCGUCGCACACCGCGCGACCACUCUCGCCAUCGAGAAAGCCAAAGCCACCGGUGUCGCAGCCAUCGGUGCCAACAACACCUACUACACGGGGAUGCUAUCGUACUAUGCAGAGAUGGCAGCGGCGCACGACCUCGUCACGAUCAUCGCAUCCAACACCUCGCCGUGGGUCGCACCACAUGGGACGCACAAACCUCUCCUAGGCACGAACCCAUUCUGCGUCGGGAUCCCCACCCACGGCGUCCCCGUCAUCUAUGACAUCGGCACCUCGAAGAUCAUCCACGCACAGGUCCUGCUCGCCCAGCGAACCGGCGACCCCCUCCCACCAGACACGGCGAUCGACGCGGACGGAAACGUCACGACCGACCCUGCAGCCGCGCUCGACGGCGCCCUCGCCAUCUGGGGCGGCGCCAAGGGCAGCGGCCUCGCCGUCGCGGUGCAGUUGCUCGGCGUCCUCGCGGGCUCGCCGGCGCUUCCGCCGAAUCUGGCGGAGUUUGGGUUCUUCGUCAUUGCGGUCGAUCCCGCUAGGUUUCGGCCCAUCGACGAGUUCAAGGCCCAGGUAGAAGUGUUGAUUGAGGCGUUUCAUGGCACCGAGGGCGCCGAUGGCAUGAGUGCGUUGCGGAUGCCGUUUGAACGCUCGAAUCGCGUGAGGGAGCGGACGAGGGAGGAGGGGAUUUUGGAUGUUGAUCCAGUGGUGCUCGAGAAGUUGAGGGCGUUGGUGGAUGCGAGAUAG